AUGGCGGGCGACUCAGCACAUGCGGACCCGGCAUUUCUAGCCAAACUCGCCCUUCGUCAGCAGAUGAAUUACGAUGCUAUGACUUUCUUUGCUGGAGCCAUGGGUGCAUUCUACCUCACCAUGUGCAUUUUUGUCCUUCUCAGGCGGCUAUGCGUUGAUCUAGGCGCUUCCCGCAGGCCAACCAUUAUCACGGCGAUCUUGCGGUGGAUGAGAGCCGCCUCCCUUGGUACUAUUUCAGGAUCGCCGUCGGGAGGAUAUACGUUUGCUAUACUCGGCUACCUGAUAAUAAAUAUCAUCGUUACUUUUACUUACUUGGAUAACGACAACAUGCCUCUUAUCUCCAAUGUCGCUUCUCGGAGCGGGUGGAUGGCCGUUGCGAAUCUACUCAUCGUUGUACUCCUUUCUCUCAAGAACACUCCCGUCGUUAUCCUAAUGAUAUCGUCUUAUGAGCGUUUAAACAUUCUCCAUCGCAUAGCCGGAUACACUACUAUCAUAUUCGCUAUUGUUCACACGUGCACCUACAUCGCCGUCUUCGCAGGCCAGAACUUCCUCAAACGUUUGCUUGUGAGGGAAGAGAUAUUUGGCAUGGUUGCUAUGGGCUCAUUUGUAGUCCUUGGCUUCGCUGGCUCUGUCCUUCGCACAUGGUGGUACGAGCUAUUCUAUUACCUCCACGUAGCGUUCUGGAUUCUUGCUGUCAUCAUGACUGGCCUUCAUCAACCCGAUCCUAGCAAGAAGAUCGUAUACGUCGUCUGCGUCUCUGCUGGCAUAUGGGGCCUCGAACGUAUCAUUCGCCUUGUGCGUAUACUCAUUAAUAGUACCAAUAAUACCGUCACCCUCGUGCCGCUCCCUAAUGGCGGAACUCGUGUAACACUCGCAAAGACUCCCCUGGGGUCUUCCUCCGGCAAACAUGGCUUUCUCUGGAUCCCCGCAGUGCGCACCUUAGAGACCCAUCCCUUCACUAUGGUUGCCACUGACCCGCUCGAAUUUGUUGUAGCAGCUUACGACGGAUUCACACGAGCACUGCACAAGUGCGCCUUGCAAAACCCCGGUAUCAAACUGAAGGCAUCAGUCGAGGGACCUUAUGGCAAUCUUCCCGAUGUUGGUGGGUAUGGCAAAGUCAUGCUCAUCGCAGGAGGUAGCGGUGCGAGCUUCACGGUUGGUGUAGCCCUCAAUAUGCUCAAGAAACUGGAUGUGGAUGCAGAGGUCGAUAUCGAAUUUAUCUGGAUGAUCAGAAAUCUCACGUAUCUUACCUGGUUUUCCAAACAUCUCGAGACGCUGCACCAUGAUCGUCGCGUCUCUACCAAGAUCUAUGUAACACGUGCUUCAGCAGCCGAUGCUAUUCCCCAGAGACAGCCUUCGUCUUCCCGAUCAACUUCAAGUAGCACUUCCGUCGAGCCUGACCUAGAAAAGGAGCAUUUCCCGGUCCUCGACACUGCCAGAUUACCAUUGGACACUAAGAAGCACGGAAUCUCCCGACCUAUCGCACCCGCGGAAAGUUUUCUGCCAGGCGGCACAAAUAUCUACCUUGGGAGACCAGAUGUAGAUUUGCUUGUGAAGGAACUGAUGGAGAACACACCAUCUAACAGUCGUGUAUUGGUAAUGGGCUGCGGGCCCAAAACACUCAUGUCGACGGUGCAGAAUGCGACGUCAGGUUGUAUUAUGGACAACGGAGCAGGUGUCGAAUUACAUCUGGAGCAAUUCGGAUGGUAA